AACCAUAGACUAGAAUGUUAUAACAACAUAACCUCAAAAUCGGCGGCGUGAGAUAUGACACAAAUAUUUCAGUAAACAAAUAUAAUAUGUAAAUUAUAUUUUUCGCUCUCUCAUUACACAAUAUGGGUGAGGGAAAAGCAUCAUGCCUCCAGAUUAUAUGUCGGAUGAACGCCGGGUUCUGAGGAGGCGUUUGGGUGUGUCACUGCGUUGCGCGACUGAAGUGUUGCAACACAUAGAGAGCAUGAUGAAACACAUGAUGGGUCAUAAUCAUAAACGCCUCUGCUGGACUGUUCUAUCUAAUUUCAGCCUCCCGCAAUCGAUGCAGCUGUCGCACGGGGAGGGAACGCCUUCAGGGACCAUCGCCGCCGCCGCUGGCCAGUGGCUGCAGACGCAUGAAGAAGCACAGGUGAUGCUGGGCAGCGUGCUAGUGAUGGUGGGCGUCUGGUGGCUCGCGCGGACACUAAUCUCCUUGGUGUUCAACCUGCUGUGUCCGCUGCUGCUUGUGCUCGGAGCCGUGGUAUGCUUCCCCCAGCUCCGGCAGCCACUCCUCGGCCAGCACUACCCGGCGGCGGCCCGCUGCGCGCGCGCGCUGCUGCUCGCCGCCGCCGACCGCAUCAAGACUGACUGACGGAGCCGAGAGACCAUUACAGACAAA